GACAGCCCCGCUUCUUUACAUCCUCAAGUUGCAGGCCGACGUCGGCUACGAGCCAGAGGGCAGAGUUCGAACUAAGCAUUUCAAGCAGAUUGCCUCUUCUGCGUCCAACAGCAAGGCGCUGGACACCAUCCAGUUCCAUUGUGAGAAUAAUGGUCUCAGCGUGGAUGGCGUUGUUUGCCUUCUCCAGUUCAUCAAGCAUACACGCCCGAUCAUGUCCCGCCUCAAAUUCACCACUAGUGGUGAUUCUGGAAACAACGAGUGGUUCUGGUGCGGGUGCGGCGGAUUCGUUGUCGGCGAUUUCGAUCAGCUCGGUUGGGCAGAUGGCAAGGUGCACCUCGAACUUCACGAUGACAUCCCAUUGUCGAGAUUCGCAGAGAUUGCUAAGCGAAUACUUGACUACCCUGGGCGUUGCUUCCACGUGGUCUCUGGAAGCGGUGAUCGCCAUGAGUUUCUCCAGGACCAGACUCUCGUUGAUUUGGCGGUUCGCCUGCCGAACACCGCCGCCAGCGUCGAUUUCAAUUUCCUCUCCAAGGACAAAUUCACCGACGACGGCCUGAAGGCUUUUGCGAACGGUCUUCCUGCCAAUCUCACCUCCGUGCACUUGAACUUCAACAGUAACGUUAGUUUCGCAGACGAUGGGUUGGGCGCCCUUGCCAACGGUCUGCCCGCCAAUGUCACCUCCGCCCGCGUGAACUUCAACGGCGGCAUUCAGAAUUUCACCGACGAAGGAUUGGAAGCAGUGGUGAAGAGGUUGCCUGCCUGCGUGAGUCAUAUCGACCUGGACUUUGGAGGCAGCGACAAGUUCAGCAACCAGGGUCUGCCCGCCAAUGUCACCUCCGCCCGCGUGAACUUCAACGGUAAUCAGAAUUUCACCGACGAAGGAUUGGAAGCAGUGGUGAAGAGGUUGCCUGCCUGCGCGAGUCACAUCGACCUGGACUUUGGAGGCAGCGACAAGUUCAGCAACCAGGGUUUGAGGGCCCUUGCGAACAUUCUGCCCGCCAAGGUCACUUCCGUCCGCCUGAAUUUCAACGACAAUCAGAAUUUCACCGACGAAGGAUUGGAAGCAGUGGCGAAGAGGUUGCCUGCCUGCGCGAGUCACAUCGACCUGGAUUUUGGAGGCAACGACAAGUUCAGCAACCAGGGUAUGAGGACCCUUGCGAACUUUCUGCCCGCCAAGGUCACUUCCGUCCGCCUGAAUUUCAACGGCAAUCAGAAUUUCACCGACGAAG